AUGGAAGAGGCCAUAAAGUCCCUAGAUGUGAUCGGGAAAAUGAAGACCUCUGAGGAAGAAAAUAGCCAGAUUCCAGAAUUCCAGGUGUUCGGAUAUUAAAUGAGAAUGAUAAUGGAGAUACUCCAGUUCAUUAGAGCGGUCCGAACAGGGCACUAGCAGCUGCAUCUUACAUCACUGCAGUCGUUCACAAAGACCUUUUUUAUUCAUGACCGUCUUAUAUAACAACGCCAGAAUGAUUCCACUGUACCUUGCUGAAAUACAGAUGCUACAAGUAACAGACCCUGAGAAAUAUGAAGAAUUCCUCGAAGGUAAUUGGGUCGUUAACAAGAAUCUGCGUGUGCCAUUUUGUGCUUUGGGUGCAGACCAUGCUUUAGAGGAAAUAAAUUGCUAAAUGAAAGUCUCAGGGGGGCUAGUUGGUGUCACCCUGAAUCCAAAAGCCCGUACUAAUUUUUCUCUCAUCGCUCCUGAGCUUGCUUGAUUAGCCCAGGAUGCGAAAAAAGUGGCGGAGACCACUCUGGCAAAAGAAGGUACUCAUCAUCACACCUUGUCAACUCCUGCGAUUUCUCGCGAAGAGAAAAACAUAGAACAAGUAAUAACCACAAUUCAUAAUUUCACGAAUCCCUUCAUAGAGCAGAACGACGGUCUUUUCCAUGUCGUGACAAAGGUUGUAAUGCCAAGCAAGGUCAAGAAGGAUCUUUUGGAAAAGAGUGAGAUUGGCCAGAAACUGUUUGAGACCUUAGUGAACGAUCGCAACAAGUCAGGAAACAUCAAUCUUUGGUCUCCGAUGAAGAAAAGAAAGCUCCAGACAUGGAAGACCAUGGGGAAGAAGAUAAAGGUUUCUAGUGCCGGUCUAGCCUGCGUAGCUGCCGGGAUUAGCGUGGAAGUGCUAUUGUUUUGGCGGCGAAGCCGCGAGAAGAGUGGGUAUUCAAGUCAGUUUCGGAAUUUUCCCUCGCGGCUUCCUCGACUCGCGUGGCGGCCCCGCCACCAAAAAAGUACCCAGGGCAAAAAAAUCCUGCCAGCUACGCAGACUAGUGGCGGUCAAAUAGUGGAGUUACAAGAAGACUGAAAUUUGUUUGGGCACAUGAUGGUGAUAUGCAAAAGCCUACCUGAGAUCGACAUCCAAGAAGCUGUUGGAACGAACGAAUUUACAGUGGUACCGAUAUCUAUGUUCGCUCCAGACGGAGAAAUGCUACAAUGCCCGGCCAAAAGUGCACUUUUGUCCAUUCUAGAGAAGCUUCCGGCCAAUACAGAGGGCAGCUGCUAUUCAAGAUAAUGCAAGUCAGGCAGAAAGAACAAGAGUCUCUAUCAUCGAUGCAAUGGCAAGGUACAAUCUCUAGAUAAGCCAAAGUCCUUAAGAGGCUGCUUUGACGUCCCAGACCACUUUGCAUACCGAAUUUUUGAAAAGUAUUACGACAGUGAUGAGUUCCUCCUUAUAUUUGAUAGAUACGAUCUCCCGACUAUCAAUAACUAGUAUGGAACAGUAACACGAACCCCAAUCCAGCCUUAUCCACAACGAAGGACUUCGGCUGGGAAUGGAAAGGCGACGACAAUGCGUGGAUUCCCGUCAUGACAACAAUACUCACUGCACCUGAGGCCAUAAUUCAUCUCGUGAAGUGCAAAUGUGUCAAGGAAAGGUGUACCACCAAGGGCUGCCAGUGCAGUAAGGCUAACAUGAAUUACAUGGAUCUCUGUGGCUUUUCGGACAUGGGCGAACGUUGCGAGAAAAUUCCCAAAGAUGACAACUAUGAAGAAGAUGACAGUGGUGACUAUGACAAAAAUGCUGAUGAAGCUGAGUAUGAAUACGUAACCGAUUCUGAUGGUGAUGAUUUCAAUUUAUGCCAACUGCUAGCGAAAUUAGAUACAUCCUCCAUUAACAGAUAACAAUAACAUAUCCAAUUCUAGCUGUAGCUUAAAAUUUGCUGCCAAUGUGCAGUUUCUAAGCAAGAUUGUUUAUUCUAUCUCGUAUCAAAUGUAAGAAAUCAUGUCAGGUAAAAAUAUAAACGACAACCGGUAGAAAUAAUCACAGGAGGUUCUGGAAUUAUUUGUAUUAAUGUCAGUCUGCGUACUUCCCUAAAAUGGGUUUCCUGUUGUUUUAAAAUCUCUUAGGCGAAAAAUUGGUUGAAAACGAGAAAAUGCAUGAUGAGAGUUUCGAUUUCAGUGCUAUUGAUGUAGUGUACGCAUGGUGA